AUGGGAAUUGUAUUUAGUACACUAAAAGCUUGCUAUAGCAUCUAUUGUGAUAGAAUGAGGGAACCAAUGAUCAAGCUGAUAGAUCCGAUCUUCCACCACCACAAAAUUAAAAUAUAUGGCAUGGAUCUAAGAAAUACAGAACUGUCACUGGAAGAAAGAGCCAAGGCUGCAUUAUAUGUAGGCCUGCUAGCUUACACAGGUGGUGUUGGUGCUGGAAGUCUUGCUUUACAAUAUAUUCAGGACAUGAUUGAUAUUUUGAUUAUGCCAGAUACAUCCACAAAAGUCAGAAUCUCCGUAUUAAAAGGAUUAUGUAGUGUAUGCUACAUUAACCCCAUAAACCAAAAUGAAGCCAAAGCUCACCACCUUCCUGAAAUUAUGCUUUCCUAUCUUGAAGAAGAUGAAGAUUCUGCAGAAGCUGACUCAGAUCUAGUUCUUGUGAAGUUCUGGGUUUGUUAUCUUAUGACUGUUGUCUGCUGUAAUAAUAUGUCUUAUAUUAAAUUAUUUCAUGAAAUUGGUGGCCAAACAUUAGAGAAAAGGUUGGAAUACCUAUCUAAUAUGGAAUGGUUUGGCUGGCCCCAAAACUAUGCUACCUUAAUGUACAUGCUUAUGGGAUAUCCAGGCAUGGAAGUAUACAAAUAG